UCGUCAUCGGAAACGAAUACUCUUUUCCAUCGCUGAUACCACAAGUUAUCUUCACGGGGGCAUUUACUAAUGGCGCAUUAGCAACACAUGACAGCGAGACGGCCGGAGGAGCAGCCACAGCCACAAGAACGAGCGGCUUCCCGAUUUCUCCCACCGGAUUAGUAUUAUUUUUCCGCGCGACGACGGUCGAGGAACAAAAAGAAGAAAAAAAGAGCAAAAGAGCCGAGGAAAAAAAAGCAGCCAAAAGAAAAGAGGAGGGGCAAAAAAAAAACGAGGGAAAAAAGCGCAUAGGGAAAAAAAAUCGAGUCCUACGUGGCGCGCCUCGCCAUGCUCUUUUUCUCCCGUCCCCUCCCUUCUCCUAGUGCGACGGGGCCUACGUAACGUUCGCUUCUUUGCCUCCUCCCCUUCUCCUCCUCCUCCUCCCCCCAUAUCUCGUCGUACAACGGCGAGAACAAUUCGCAAAGAUUGGGGGUUUGGGAGGCGCUGGUUUUGAUUUUUGUGCGGCAAUCCUGUGCAGUGUGGUUUGGUUUUGGGGAAAAGUUUGAAAAUUUGCAGAAUGGAGAUGGCCUGUUUGCAGGGAAACGCCAUGGCAACCGACGAGAACGGUGCCGACGAUCGCGCCGGCGGCGAAAGCACCGUGGAUAAUCUCAGGAGCCAUCUGAACUACGGCGACAUGGAUUUGUCAGGGGAAGAGCACGUGCCAAAGGCGCGCAAGCCGUACACGAUCACGAAGCAGCGGGAGAAGUGGACGGACGAGGAGCACAGGCGGUUCUUGGAAGCCCUGCAGCUACACGGCCGCGCAUGGCGCCGUAUACAAGAGCACAUAGGCACCAAGACUGCCGUGCAAAUCCGUAGCCACGCGCAGAAGUUCUUCUCCAAGGUCGUCAGAGAAUCUUCGGGCGGUAGCAGCGGUCCGGGCGGCGGCGCGGCGGCGGCGGCGGCGGCAGCGAUCCAGAUCCCGCCGCCGCGGCCGAAGAGGAAACCUGCUCACCCGUACCCUCGCAAGGUGGACGGCGCGGCCAAGAAGCAUGCCCUGGCGCUCAGGCAGCUGGAGAAGCCUCCGUCGCGGAUGCAGUCCCUGUCCGAGCACGAGGACGGCUCACCGACGUCGGUGCUCACGGCGGCGCAUAUAGGUACCGAGGGCUUGGGUGGUGGUCCCUCGAAUAACUCGAGCGGCAGCGGAUCGCCGGCUCCGUCAGCCGCCGGGUCGGAUGCGCAUGUCGGCGGUGGCGGCUCGCGGGCCUCGUCGGUGGACAGAGAGGACGGGUGCCUCUCACCGAGCAUUCCGACGGCUGAGUUGGCUAUGCAGGCGCCAAAUACUAAGAUGUCCAUUGCAACGGAUGCCAAAAAAGCGUCAUCAGUGGCUUCAGUCUUCAGGCUAUUCGGAAAGAGCGUAGCGGUGAAGGAUUCAGAAAAGGAGCCAAAUACCCAUUCCGGACACCAGCAGAGUGGCCGAAACAUUGCAGCGUGUGCUUCAGCUGAGAGAGCAGCCAGAAGCACGCUACCUUGUUUUGCUGCUGCAGAAGGGAGCUCAUCCAAUCCAUGGCCGAGCAGCAUGCAGCAGUUUCUCUACUUCCUUCCUCGAUCGGAUGGUUUCGCCGCGCAACCUGUCAUGCCAUGGUUCAGCUACAACGGGAGCCUUCCCUGCGCGCUGUUCUACCCUCAGGCGGCGGCGCCGAACCUGCUGUGCCACCGUGAUUCGGAGGAAGGCGCAGAAUUCAGAGCCUCGCAGAGGGAAGGAUCGCUUACGGGCUCGAACACGGCCUCCAGCGUCGUUCUUGGCUCGGCGCCGGCGCCGGCGGCGGCGGCUCAGAAUUCGGACGGCGCGGAGUCCCGUGGCCAAGGGAACAGCAGGGACAGCGACGCGGCGGCCGUGGCCUCGCCACGGCUAGCCAAGUGCGAGAGCUCGGCGUCCGUCACCGUGCUUCAGAGAGGCUUCGUGCCGUACAAGAGGUGCGCGGCGGAGAGCGAGCUGCUACCGCGAUCGGAGGCGCCCGGAGGAGAGGAGGCCGUCGCCGACUGUGAACUGACAAGGCUGUGCUUGUGACCUUGACGCCUCACGCACAAACUGCAAAGCUACUACUAUACAUUUUUUAGAUGUUUUGCCAGUUUUGCUCCGGGUUCUUGAGCCGCUGACAGAUGACGAUCUGACACGAGGCUAACGCGGGAGGAAGAUGCCUGCACUGCUACUAGCAUGUUUUGCUAGAGGCCACCUCAGAUUUCCAGAAAUGGAAGAGCGAUUCUGGCUUUUACUUGUCGAUUUAUAGUAUUGUAAUAUGUAAGAUAACAACUUUGUACUUUACUUUGCCUGUAAUUUUAUCCCCCACUCGAGUAGGGUCAGAGUUGAGUGGCUGCCAAUGUUGCCUUCAUCAACCUGAAUCUCGGAGGGGGUUGCCAUAGGCUAACAACUUGUUUUAAGCUUAGGCUUGCAUCUCCACAAAAUGCAAUGGACGGCCAAAGAAAUGUCUGAUGCUCUGUACUCCGUAGCCGGUCACC